GAGAAUAAUUUGGUUAUACAAACAGCAUUAAUUGAUAUGUAUGGCAAAAUGGGUGAUGUGAAACGAGCUGAAGAAAUAUUCACGAGAAUAUUGAAUAGACGUAAUGUUGUAUCAUUUGGUGCGAUGAUGAAGUGUUAUAAUGUUAAUGAGCUUCCAGAAAGAACAAUUAAAUUAUAUGAAGAAAUGAUUAGAAAAGAAAUCGAGCCGGAUAAUGUGACAUAUGUGCUUGUUAUUAGUGCGUGUGGUAUGUGCUUAUCAAGACAUAAAGGAACUUUAAUUUAUGAGAAAAUAAGAAAUAAUAAGAAAAUUAUGGAUGAUAUUAGGGUUAAUACUACGUUGAUUCAUAUGUAUGGUAAAUUUGGUGAUAUUGAUAAGGCUAAACAAAUAUUUGAUUCGAUGUUUGAGCAUGAUGUAAUGACCUAUAAUGCAAUGAUAAAUAGUUUGGGUUUGGUUGGUCAAGGCUAUGAUGCAUUGAAAUUAUUUAGAAAGAUGAAAGAGGACAAUGUGAAACCAGUUUUUGAGACAUUUGGUGUUGUUUUAAAUGCAUGCGGUCAUUCUGGAUUAGUGAAUGAUGCAAGAAAAAUAUUUUAUUCACUCGAUGAAAAAUAUCGAAAUAGUUUUGUUACAACAACGAUGGUAAGUUUAUGGUAG